AAAACGCAAACCAAGAGAAAUAAGAACGAGUGAUUGCAAAAAAGUUUCGCGACGGAAUAUUGUACAUUCUCCGUGUUUCUGAAGAUCAAUAUAGCUGCGGACACGGAAUACAGUACGAUUGACGCAAACGCAAAAUCAAAAACCAAGUACAUUUCCUUAACUGCACAUUCGAUUUCGCAAACAUGAGUUCCGAAGAGAGCACAGAAAAACAGCCCACCCUGGAGGAAGUCGCUGAAGAUCAGCAGGCGGAGGAAACACCACAAGAACAGCAACAAUCUGUCAGUGACCUAGAGAAGCAAGAGGAAGAGAAAAUGAAAGCCAAAUACGGCUCGAACGUCGGUAUGGGGGGACCACGCGGUCUCGGAGGUCAUUCUGCAUUUCUACAGAAACGCCUUCAGAAGGGUCAAAAAUAUUUCGAUUCCGGUGACUACCAGAUGGCAAAGCAGAAAGGUGGUGGUGUGAAGCAGGUGUUUGCCAACAAAGUUCCGACUGGUGAAGCGAUACCAACUCCAGAAUCGGUACCAGUGCGAAAGACGUCGAUUAUUCAAACAUGCAACAAAUUUCAAAGCUAAGUGGCGCACGCAUUGUUGAGAGAACUCUAUGGUUUGGGAGACGUAAGAGAAGUUAUCAUUCUGGCAUCAAUAUCAAUGGAUACGUUUCCGUUAGGGGCGUUCUACGAAUUCACAACGGUCAUGUUUUUAAUGCAAAAUUAAAUGUUAGUGUCUCUUGCAGCACUUCGUUCUCCGGUUCGAUCGAUCAACUUAACUUAAUCUCAAUAAGCCAUAGCUGUUGUCGGUUACAACAGUGUUCGAAGUGAAUUACGGAAAACUAGCCUUUUCCCUCUCAGAACCAUGUUUCGAUCGAAAUAACCCCUUAUUCAAUAGCAAACUAUAACACUUCAAUUCCCUAUUCAUACGAUGUUCUAUGCCUUAUGUUUCUCUUCUAAAAAAACCCCCAAAAACGAAUGUUUCUUUGAUUAAAUCCAUUUUACACGUAAGGUUUCUUCUUUCUGAAUUAAUGAUAAAGACACUUUCUUUUAAUAUUGGUAAUGUACUUGUAAAACCGUAGUCGAGUAGAGUUAUGUGUAUCCUUUGGAGGCAAAUUAGGAAGCAACCUUACACGCAAGAUACGGAAAAUGAAUGCUCUUUCAAAGUUUUGGCCAACGAUAUAUGUGUGUUUGUGUGCUACUGUGUAAGUAUGUAAGCGAUAGGGAAGGUUAAGUUGAACGGGGUGGCAUUGUACGUGUGCCGUGCAUGUCCCUGAGGGUGCAGCUUUGCGACAUGCAGCAGCACGUGAAGGGGGGAACAGAUGAAAUUACGACGAGAAGUUUCGAAGAAAAUGUUCUUUUGGCCAGCAAGAGAGAGAAGUUGGUGAAACAGCUGUGAACCGUGCUGCAUAUUGAAGCCACAGCAGCACACUCACGAAUAAAACUGAUGGUAGAAGGUAUUUUGUUAAGGACACUGACUAUAGUGGCAUAUUGUUAAAGAGAAAAUACAAUUGUGAGCGAAGGUUGGUACAAGAACUGUAAAAUAUAACUAAAGUCGUCCUGUG